CUUUUAUCACAGAUUACUAGCACAGAUUACUAGUCUGUGUUACUAGUCAGUGCUUUUAUUUUCUAAGGUUAUGCUAGCGUUUAUUUGGUUGUCUGAUCUCGUGCUUGAUUCGAAAGUAAUAAAGUUUAAUUUUACACAGAGUUAAUGUGUAUAGGAAUCUUAUAGUGAAUUAUCAUUAAACAAUAAUUGCGACUUCUGCAUUCUAAAACGAACUAUUAAAAUAUGUCAAAAAAAAAUUUAAUAAAACCUUCGUCGUGGAAAAACCAAUAUAGUGAGCAUGAUUAUCGUUCUUCUGGAGGAGAGAGGCGAGUUAGUUUCAAAAAAUCAAAGAAUAAGAAAAACAAAGGAAACGUGAAAGAUUGGAGCACUUCAAUUAGAGCUCACUUGUACGAUGAAGAUAUUGACGUUGAUAUGGGCACUAGUAGGCCAAGCAAAUCGAAUAACAAAUAUCAUAAAAAGGGAAAUAGAUCAGGAUCACCUACACCUAAACAUUCUAAGAAAAGAUUAUGGGAAGGACCUACUAGUUGGUAUCGAGUAACUCUGCCGUUUGGUAACAAGUAUGAUAAACAGUUUGUACAACGAACACUAUCGGAAAAACUUAGCCCUCUUCCAUUUUGGCCUAUUGCUUGGGAAGCUAAUGGAAAUAUUACGACAUUCUAUGUAGAUGAUUAUAAAACAGCAGAAAAGCUUCAUGACCUACACCAAACCAUUCAGAUGCCUGAUGGAUUUAAGAUGGUUAUAAAAGUAAAUUAUGGUUCACCAAAUGUGGAUAUCACUACAGAAUUGAAGGAAAAAAUGAAGCUUGCAAUGGCUAAAAGAUAUAAUGCAGCAAAUAAAGCUCUUGAUUUAACAAAAUUCCAUAGUGACCCUAUCUUACAAGAUUUUUUUUGUGCUCUAUAUAAACCAAUAAUACUUUUAGCUGUUAUUGAUAUAAUAACAGAAAAUAUACCAGAUUUAGAAGCACUUAACUUGAAUGAUAAUAAAAUUCAAAUAUUAACAUUCCUGCAGAAGUUCAUAGCUAAAUUGAAUAAAGUUAAAAUAUUGUAUCUAGGACAAAAUAAGAUAAAGGAUAUUGCAAUGUUAGAUUCCUUGAAAGGACUUCCUUUAGUCGAACUCUUUUUAGAGGGCAACCCAUUAUGUGGUAAAUUCAAAGAUAAAUCUAUUUAUACAAGUGAAGUCAGAUCCAGGUUUCCCAAGAUAAUGAAAUUGGACGGUUUGGACCUACCUCCGCCAAUAUGUUUUGACCUAGCCGAUGAAGUAGCUCUACCUACUCCUGCUCAGACGUUUCUUUGUGAAGCUAAUGCCGGAUCCAUCAUACGGCAAUUUCUUGAGCAGUAUUUCACAUUAUUCGACAGUGAAAAUCGACAAAUGUUGAUACAGGCAUAUCAGGAACAGGCUAUUCUUUCAAUGACUAUGGCAUAUCCUUAUGGUACCAAAGAUAAGUCUGUAAAUUGGCUGAAUUGGUACAGCACCGACAACAGGAACCUUCUCAAGUUGACAGACCCAGAAAGAAGAUUCAAGCUCUUGAAACAAGGAAAUGUUUCUAUAGUGUCUUUUCUGAAAGAUAUGCCAGAGACUAAGCACGAUUUGAUGAAUUUUCUAGUGGAUUUAACAGUGUGCAAUUCUAUGAUGAUGAGCUUCAACGUAUCGGGAUCUUUUACAGAGUUGAAAGGAGGUCACAAAAAUCCACCUGUAAGAUGGUUCUCCAGAACAUUUGUAAUUGUUCCAGUUGGUACGGGAUUUUGUAUCAGUAAUGAAUUACUUCAUAUAACCAAUGCUACUGAAGAACAGAUUAAGGCAUUAAAAUCAGCGCCCCCAGUUCCUGCUGCAGUACCUGCCCCCGUUGUGAAUGCCUCACCAUCUGUAGUGGCAUCUCCUACGAUAGGAGUUCCUCCACCAGCAGUUACUUCUCCUUUGGUACCUGUGGCUAAUUGCAUUGAUGACGGUACCAAACAGCAAAUGUUACAAGCUGUAAUAGUGCAUUCGGAGAUGAACUUGGAAUGGUCUAUUGAAUGUUUACAAGAAACAGAAUGGAAUUUUGAUGAAGCCACAGCAUGUUUCAAUGAAUUCCAUAGUCAGGGUAGAGUACCGCCAGAGGCAUUUGUGAAGAACUGAUAUAUUUAGAUUAUGUAAAAUAUUAUGUGUGAAUAAUUAUUUCAUUUAAGAAGUGUAUACAUUAAAAUUAAAUUUUAUACAUAUA